AUGGGUUUCACAAUUGCACAAGGACUCAUGCUAGUGUUGUUAAUUGCUUCCACAAUAGCAGUUAGCUUAGCCUUGCCAUAUGGGAAUUGCAAUGAUACACAUACUUCCAACAAGAUCAUGGUGGGUGACCACCACAACUGGAUAUAUGGCUUUAACUACACCAAAUGGGCAUUCAAACAUGGCCCUUUCUACCUAUAUGACACUCUAGUUUUCAACUAUGAUCCAUCAACUCCAAACACAUUUCCUCACAAUGUUUACUUGCUACCAAACUACGAGAGCUUCAUUAAAUGUGACUUUACAAAUGCCUAG